CCUGCCCCCAAAUCUUUGACAGCCCCGCCCACAUCUCGCCGGCUGUCACCAAAUCCACCCCCUUUUCUCCUCUGCGCUUGUCCUGUUGGUUCACCUGGCCCUGCCCUGCCCGGUGUGUCCUACGGGUCACACCCUCUCUCGUCCAGGCGCUGAGCCAUCUUUCAACCAUGCAAAUCUAGAAUUGUCAGUCCCUACUUACACCCUUUGGCUUCCUGUGCCCUCGGGCUAACACAGGCCCUCUUAACCGUAUCGCCACCAGAAGGCGCACUGGCUGUCCUUGCUCCAGGCCCUGAACCGUGCUGUGACCCCCUCUGGAACUCUGCCAAGUCCUUCAGAGGAACCUGCCUCGUCCCCAGUUGUACCCUUCUUGCCUAUCUCCUGUUAACUCCAACUUAAGAGAUGUUGGUUGUAGGUCCUUUUCCUGUGUGCCCAGUGUCUGCCAUAGUGCUUAGGAUCUUUUGGAAGCUUAGCCAGAAUUUGAUUGAUGAAUGAAUGAAUGAAUGAAUGAACGAUUGUGAAAAAAACUGACUUAAGGCAGAGGAAGGGGUAACUGUCAAAUGCAGUUUUCCCUGGGUAGAACCAAGCAUUUCAUAUAGUCGGAUUUGGCACUUACCCAGGGCAGGGCCCUGGAGGCUGAAUCGAAGGAACUGUCCCCUCCCCCCCAUCACUUUCUGAAGCAUGGAUGGGGGAGGGGUACGUCGGUGCUUCCUGUCUGCUGUCUCUUGAGCUGCCCAGCACUUGGUUUCCGUGAGGUCCAGAACUGCUUGGAGGUGAUUUUCCGCACCCCAGGAAGCCCUUCAGGAGGGUCCGGGGUCCUGUGACCCUAGGUGUUGGGGGUGGGGGCAUGACUGAUCAAGACCUGGGGUUCUGAGGUCAAAGGACACAUUCUUCAGAUUCCUGGAAGGGGGGUCGAGGCAGCUAGGGGACUGGGGACUGGAGCACACUGGCGGGUUGAGGCUUCCUGUAGGUGCCCCUUAUUGCUUGGGUGGACCAACCUUUGCUGGUUCUGUGUACUAGAUAGCUGUGGUCACUAGACUGGGGUGACAUUCCGUUCUCUGGGCUGUCAGUGUCUGUGUGUGGUGGCAGGAAGGGGGCGGCCCCAGAUUCUCAAGCUGCUACCAUCCCGGAAGGAGCCUGGUUCUCUUUGAUUCCGGGGCCUGCCUCUGGGGCUCCUGGGGGGGGGGUGUUUCUGUCAGAGCCAGCUCCUGGGAAUGGCUUUUCCUUCCUCCAGGACCCCAGGACAGGACUGUGUUCACCCUGGGAACAGGAAUCUUGAUUCCUGAGUAGCUGCUGCAGCCCUUCCCCCACCCCCUGACUCACUGUCUGGCACUGUUCAGCUAUCUUUCAUUCCGUUUUCUGACUUGGCCUCCUCUCCUCUGCUGCACAGCCUUUCUGUCUCUGCCUUCUUUCAGCCUCUGGAUCCCAGGUGGCACCCUCCCCCUCCUUCCCCUCCCUCCCUCUCCUCAGACCCAGCCAGGGGUCCAGCACUCAUGCCUGAAACAGCCUGGUCUUUCCAAAAGUCUGCCUGCAACUUUGAAUACUAACCCUCUUCGGCCUUAGCUCUUAUCUUGGGUACACUUGGCUGGAUCUCUAUCCAAUCCACGCCUACCUCCCUGACAUCUGUUUACUCUUGGGGAACCCGGAGCCUCUGAGAUGCCACCUCACACUUGCACCAGAGCGGGCAAGCAGGCGAGCGAGUGUGCAAGCGUCCCUUCCCUGUCCUCAAAGCCACCUUUGAGCACUGUUCUUGCUCAGCCAGCACUGACCCCGGCUGGGGGAUGGGCAUGUGUUUCCUCCUUAGAUUAGCUUUCAGGGGCAUCAAAAAGUCACACUAAGACCCCUGGGCCAAAGCACUGUCUGUGUGGCUGUCUCUCCCUCCUCCUCCCACCCUCCACUCUUCUGGGCCUCUCUCUUCCAGGCUUAUUAUGGUCAUGCAGAGGUAGUCUAUAGCCUAACCUUGUGUGAGGAGAGGUCGUCGUUACACUGUGGUCACUUAUAGCUCUUUUUUUUUUUUUUUUCUCGGAGCUGGGGACCGAACCCAGGGCUUUGCACUUGCUAGGCAAGCUCUCUACCACUGAGCUAAAUCCCCAACCCACUUACAGCUCUUAAAGAGUUGAGCCCAGGGUUUCAUGCGAGCUAGACAACUGAGCUAUGCCCCUGGCACAUAUGGAGGCAUAUGUCUGUCAUCCCAGCACAUGAGAGGCGGACACUGAAGGAUCAGGAUUGAGGCCAUCGUGGGCUACACAGACCCUCUCUCAACCAAGAUCUAGUAUUUCCUGAAGCACUUGCUUCCAAGGUCAUGGCGUUGGAGAUUAAUCUUUGAUUCGGGACUGUUUUUGUUGGAAAGUGUUCUGUCAAUAGCAGUACCCCAAAAGGGCAGACGUGGGGCGGGGACUUUUGGGGUCCUUUUGGAAAUGCCUUUUGAGUGGAGAAGGUUUUUCUCUGUAAAUCAGAUUGGCUUAAAACUCCAGGCAAUUCUCCUGCCUUGUUUGAGAUUGGAUAAAUGUGAGCUGUGAUACUCGGUUCAGAAAUGACUUCAGUGAGGGUGUAAGACUGGGUGGGCUGCUCCAGACUGUGAAGAAGCCAGGGAGGGUUGCAGGGACAUGACCUUGUGGGAAACUGCAAACAGUGGUGCUCAUGGGGACUGCAAACAGUGGUGCACAACAUGAGGACUGCAAACAGUGGUGCUCAGCAUGGGGACUGCAAACAGUGGUGCUCAGCGUGGGGGACUGCAAGGUGGUGUUUUCUUUCUGUCAUUUGGCUGUGGAGUACAGGGUGGCUCUGAAGGGUGGUAGCAGGUGGGGGCAGAGACACAAAACAGGUGAUAAGCUCUUGUGUGUGCUGAGAAGCCACCUCAGGGCUUUGCUGGAGCACUACGGGGAGCUACACCAUCAGGUGACCUACAUAGAAUAUGCACAGUAUAGGAAUGUCACCUGUGCGGUAGAGGAAUUGUUAAGGCAUUUAACACCCCAGCAAGCUACCAUUCAGGCUAACCUCUAACCACCAUCUUCCCCCAACCCCCAGGAAAUCCCCUCACAACUGUCCCCGGGUCAGACACACCCCCCUCCUGGAAGCCUGUCCAGUCCUCUAGCUUGGCUGUGGAGAGGGCGGGUACAGUACCCCUCUGAUUGGUUUUCCCCUUUGUCAAUCUUCGUUUGCAUUUUCUGGCGGUUCACUCCUGUGUUUCCGCUCAUUUGUUCUAGGGCUUACUAUUUUUUGCACACUCAACUGCACACACGGUUCACUGACAGAGAACUUGACAUGUGUUGAUUCCUGUAUUCUUUCCAGCCCUGUGAGGUUCUAACGUGCAUUUAUUUCCUUCAAGAUCCAGUCUGCCAUAGCUGAGGCUGAUUUUGAACUCUUGAUUCUCCUGCACCUUCCAAGUGCUGGGAUAGAUAUCAAGUGUGCACCACCCUGUCUGGCCUUCUGGGGCCUUCAGACAACUGGAGGCCAUGAUGUUAAAAAACCUGCCUAGGAUCGCCCAGCCAAUAGCCAAGCCAAAGUCUAAAUUCAAGCAGCUGAUUUGGGCCUCUAGAAUACCUCCCAAGUCUGUGCCUAGCCUGUAGGUGAACUUCCAGGACUAAAGCUGCCCGGGUGUGGGUGCAGAAGAGGGGAGGGAGGAGCUGAGGGUGGCUGUAGGCUGCAGGUUUCUGGCUUGAGCAACUGGGUGGGUGGCAGCAGUUACUAAGACAGGGAACACAGGAAGAGGAACAGAUGGCAGGAGGGAGGGGCAGAGAGGUUCAAUUUGGGGCCUGUGGAAUUGUGUAUUUCCAGCAGUGGGUCCUUGGUUUGGGGGUCUCAGACUUGUGCCUUUUGUCUCAUGGGAAGCAACCGGAAUUAGAGAGGGAGGUGUCUUUUUUUUCCCUCCAUCUCCCCCACCCCCCAUGCAUUAGGCUGCAGUGGUGACAGGAUGUUUAGGGGCUACCUGUCAACUUGUGUGUAAGAGUGUGUCUGUGGUAAGAGUGCUUGUGCACGUGUGUGUGGUGCCUGGUUCACGACCAAACACCCUCAUCCUGGGAGAGUCUACAGGUUAACUGGGCUGUUUGUGUUUGUGGUUUGACACUGGGAAGCCUGGUAACCUAGCCUGAGAAACUGCCCCGGAAACACCUGCUUGGCCUCCCCCCCCCCCGGGGGGGGGGCUGGCCUGGUAGUAAGAUUUUUCUUGAGCCUCUCCCAUGUCUGCCUGGAGGAGAUGGCUGUCACUCUCCCAUGAGUGCUUUUAUCCAGGGAGUUGUAGCUGGUGCCCUCGGAUUUAGGACCUGCCAGAGGCUUGGACUAGGAGAGGGGACCUCAGGCUACCUCAGUGGAGGAGACCCAGACAGCUUUCUGCUUGGUUUCCCUGCCUCUUUCACUUCCCGUGAUGAUGGUGGGGGAAGGGUCCCAGCUGUGGGCAUUCAACCCUGAAUGAGUGAGUACCACAGACUCAAGCCAGCCUCACGGCAGGUAGCUGCACUCAGCCACCAUCCUUGAACCCUCUGAGGGUCCCCAAGUCCUGGAAAGACUGUUACUUGUCCAAGCACUGGAGGGUUAGGGAAGGAGCCUGACUGGCCGUCUGUCCUCAGCUGCUUGGAACCCCUACAUCCCACCAUGGCUGGGAUACAGAAGAGGAAGUUUGACCAGCUGGAAGAGGACGACUGCAGCUCCUCCUCCUUGUCCUCUGGCGAUCUCUCUCCCUCUCCUCCCAGCUCUUCUGCCUCCCCUGCCUGGACCUCUGAGGAGGAGGGACUGGGUGAUCAGCCACCCCAGCCUGAUCAGGACUCCAGUGGCAUCCAGAGUUUAAUGCCCCCAUCCAUCCUGAAGCGGGCUCCUCGGGAGCGUCCGGGUCACGUGGCCUUCGAUGGCAUCACUGUCUACUAUUUCCCGCGGUGCCAGGGAUUCACCAGUGUGCCCAGCCAUGGUGGCUGUACCCUGGGCAUGGCUUCUCGUCAUAGCACCUGCCGCCUCUUCUCCUUAGCCGAGUUUAAACAGGAGCAGUUCCGGGCUCGGCGUGAGAAGCUCCGUCGGCGUUUAAAGGAGGAGAAGCUAGAGAUGCUGAAAUGGAAGCUUUCAGUGUCCGGAGUUCCGGAGGCAGGGGCAGACGUGCCGCUCACAGUGGACGCCAUCGAUGACGCUUCUGUAGAGGAGGACUUGGCAGUGGCCGUGGCAGGUGGCCGCCUGGAGGAAGCGAAUUUCCUACAGCCCUAUCCACCUCGGCAGCGACGGGCCCUACUUCGCGCUUCCGGUGUUCGAAGGAUUGACCGAGAGGAGAAGCGCGAGCUGCAGGCGCUACGCCAAUCCCGGGAGGAUUGUGGUUGUCACUGUGAUGGCGUCUGUGACCCUGAGACCUGCAGUUGCAUCCUGGCCGGCAUUAAAUGCCAGAUGGAUCACACGUCCUUCCCCUGUGGCUGCUGCAGCGAGGGCUGUGAGAACCCCCAUGGUCGAGUGGAAUUCAAUCAGGCGAGAGUUCAGACACACUUCAUCCACACGCUCACCCGCCUGCAGAUGGAGCAGGGUGCGGAGAGUUUGGGGGACCCGGAGUCCCCCAUGGAGGACGUUCCUGUCGAACAAACCGUGGUUUCCCCCUUUCCUCCUUCCAAACCCACUAUGAGCAAUGACCUGGGGGACAGCAGCUGUGGCAGCGACAUGACAGACUCUUCCACGACCUACUCCUCUGGCGGCAGUGGCAGCCGCAGCGAGGCUCCGAACCAUCUUGCCCACCCCAGCCUGCCAGGUUCCAGCUUCCGGUCUGGCAUAGAUGAAGACAGCCUGGAACAGAUCCUGAAUUUCAGUGACUCUGACCUCGGUAUUGAGGAAGAAGAGGAGGAGGGAGGGAGUGUGGGCAACUUGGAUAACCUCAGCUGUUUUCAUUUGGCUGACAUCUUUGGUACCGGUGACCCCGGCAGCCUGGCUAGCUGGACACACAGCCAGUUUGGCUCUAGCCUUCCAUCGGGCAUCCUAGAUGAGAAUGCCAACCUGGACGCCAGCUGCUUCCUAAGCAGCGGACUCGAAGGGUUGAGAGAAGGUAGCCUCCCCAGCAGUUCUGGGUCCCCUGAGGGGGAAGCCGCCCAGAGCAGCUCCUUGGACCUCAGUUUAUCCUCCUGUGACUCCUUUGAGCUUCUCCAAUCUCUGCCAGAUUAUAGUCUGGGGCCUCACUAUACUUCCCGAAGGGUAUCUGGCAGCCUGGACAGCCUUGAGACCUUCCACCCUUCGCCCAGCUUCUCUCCACCGAGGGAUGCCAGCUUCCUGGAUUCUCUCAUAGGCCUGUCUGAGCCGGUUACAGAUGUCCUGGCGCCCCUUCUGGAGAGCCAGUUUGAGGACACUGCUGUGGUGCCUUUGGACCCUGUGCCUGUGUAAGGAUUGAGAUGACUUUUUCCUGCCCUGAGACCCUGUUGCUGCUUUUUAUGUGAUCUUGGUGUCCCCCAAGGUCUGUGUAUGUAACGGUCUCCCGUGGGCUGGUUCUGCCCCCGUGCCAUGUGGGCAAUCCUCUAUUUUUACAGUAACACUCUAGAUUUAUUUAUUUUUUUAUGUUUUUCUGUACUGAAGGGAGGGUGGGAAGGGUAUCCCUCUUUCAAUGCCUGGCCUCUAUGUCCAAACAGAGGUCUCCCACCUCCUACUGUAUGCCUGGAGGAGGAAGGGGCAGGGUUCACAUCCCCUCUUUCUGUACUGUAAAAUGCUCCUUGGUCCAAAGACAGCUGAAAAGCAGGCCUUAGGGUUUCCUGUGGACCGUGGGAGCUAGGUCUUCUGGACUGUGAAGAUGUAAUUUAUUUCUGUAAUUUAUUUGGGGACUGAGACAGCAGUGGUUGGGCCUCUCUGGCAGGUGGGCGGUGUUGAGGCAAAGUCUUCGGUGUCCCCCGCCGGUCUGGGCUUCGGUGUGGCGUGUAGGUUCGAGCUGAGCAGACGGAGGCUGUGCUUGACCAUCGGUGAUCAAAACUCCCUCUGCCCCCUGCCCAGACGCUCUAACAUGCCCUCUGUCCAUUUCCCUCUCCCCAAGGCCAUGGGUUAUAAAGGCCCUAUGUAGGAUGGGGAGCCAGAGGCCCUAAGACAUGAAGCACACCCCAGAUCACUGUCUCUAGCCUUUCUGGGCACUGAAUCCAUCCUGACCCACCACACACCCCCCGGCCAGUUGGCAAGAAAGAGGUGGCUCUUGGGGGCUUUUAUGCCCUUCAUUAGCUGAUGUUGGAUUUUAUAUGCAUUUUUAUAUUGUCUCUAAGUGUCAGAACUAUAAUUUAUUCAUUUCUCUGUGUGUGUGUGUGCCAAGAAACGCAGGCUCUGGGCCUGCCUCCUUGCCCAGGAGGCCUUGCCAGCCUGUGUGCUUGUGAGAACACAUUGUACCUGAGCUGACAGGUACCAAUAAAGACACUCUAUUUUUAA